GUGCUGUGAUUGGCUGAGCCGGAUGUAAACAACAGGGGGAAACAAGCGAAGCUACACGCUGGAUGAAAACAUGGAGAUUUAACUCAGAUUUAGGAUCUUUUGACGGUGUUUUUCUGUGAAGCCAGGUGGAAAAGACUUACUGCAGACGACAUCGUGACAACUGAAAACGUCUGUAUCACCGAAGAAGAAAACAGUUUACACAUAAGCUACACAGAAAACUGAGUCAGAACACAAACACAAUGCCUCCAAAAAGAAGAAGCUACACUGCAGCUUUCAAACUGCAGGUGAUCAAAUAUGCAGCGGAGAAGGGAAACCAACCAGCAAAGAGAGAGUUUGGAGUGAGUGAGAAACUGGUGAGGGACUGGUGCAAAGCGGAGGCAACGCUCAUCUCAAUGAAGAAAACAAAGCGGGCUAAUCGCGGUCUGAAAGCUCGAUGGCCCGAGCUGGAGCAACGAGUCCACACAUGGGUCCUCGGACAGAAAGCUGCAGGGUUAUCAACGGUGAAGUUACGUCUCCACGCUCAGCGGGUUGCCAAGGAGAUGAAGAUUAUGGAUUUUUCCGCUGGCCCCUCCUGGUGUUUCCGUUUCAUGAAAAGAAACCACGUGUCGAUCAGAGCCAAGAUGAGUCAGGAAGUGACCGACUCCCAGGCCAAGAUGGACAGUUUCCGAGCCUUCAUUGAAAAGGAGGUCGCUGCACACGAUGUGUCAUCAGAUCACAUCCUUCACAUGCAGGAAGUACCGCUCACUGUUUACAUCCCCAUGAGCCAGAAGAGCGUUGGGACUCAUGAGAGGUGGAUCUUCACGGUGGUGCUAGCAUGCUGCGGAGACGGCUCCAAACUGCCACCAAUGGUCAUCUUCAAACAGAAGAGCAUGCCGAAAGCACACUGCUCGUCCUCUAUUGUUGUGACCGCGAAUGAGAAAGGGUGCAUGAACGAGGAGACGAUGAGCCUGUGGCUGGCAGAGUGCUAUUGUAAACGUCCUGAGGGCUUCUUUAAAACACACAAAGCCCUGCUUGUGAUGGACAGCCAGCGAGGAGCACAUAUCAGCGAACGAAGCAAAGCCACGAUCAAAGCCUGCAACUCCAUAGCUGCCGUCAUCCCCGCAGAACUCACCGAGUUCCUGCAGCCGCUCCACGCCUCAGUCAGCCGGAGCUUUACGGCUGUGUUUCGUCAGCUGUGGGACACGUGGAUGGUGGAUGGGGAGCACGUCACUUUCCAGGGUGUUGUGGGAUGGGUCAACUCAGCGUGGGCUUCAGUGACGAGCCACUGCAUCCUGAAGGGAUUCAGAAAGGCCGCUCUGAUCGGAGCGGAUUCUGAGGGUGAGUCUUGUUGGGGGAUGUGUUCCUAUAGGCCCUUCCUUUGACCCCGUUUAUCAGUCUGCACUGAGCACAGGCGGGACACCUUGUUCCUGCCCGAUAGAGCUUCUAGAGCUUCAUCUGCUCAUUAUCCGGGGUCUCUGGUAGAGACCUUCUCUGGUAGAGAGAGACCUUCUCUGGUAGAGACCUUCUCUGGUAGAGAGAGACCUUCUCCGGUAGAGACCUUCUCUGGUAGAGACCUUCUCUGGUAGAAGAGACCUUCUC